CGCGUUGUCUGGAUACUUCGGGGAUCACCACUUCACUGUCAACCACCCGCGUAAGUUCGAAGCAGCUUGUUUGGGAGAAGUUAGUAGAAAUGGCGGCGAGAGAAAAGUCGUUGAAACACAGACAGAAACACAUAAAUGCCACGUUUGAAGCGUCCAGUAUAGAUUCCACUGCCGUCGGAGAAAAGUUGUUUGGCCACGCAGAAGAGGACGAGGACAGCGACGACGGACCUGUUGUCUUCAUCUGCGGGAAGUGCAAGUUGCCUGUUGGGGAUUCACUGUCCUGGGAUGGAAGUGAAGACGGCCAAAACCAAAUAAGAUUGAAGCGGGUCACUGACAACGUCUUGGUUGGAAAGGACAAUCGUCUGUAUGAAAUGGGAAAACGAUCUCUCUGUCUGAUUGUGGAUCUAAUUUGCCGAGGCUGCCACUCUGUGCUUGGCAUGGUUUACACAUCCACGCCUAAGAACCUGGACCACAAGAGAUUUACGUUCUGUUUCAAUGUAGCAGACAUCGACAGCUAUGUGCUUGGCUCUGCAAGCCAGAUGUUAGCAGCAGAGGGCCCCAAAGAGCAGCCGGUCACCCUCGAGUACAGAGGCAUUGUUGAACAACAGCUGACAGAGAUGAAAAUGCUGGUGAUGUCCAUGGCACAUAGGCUGGAAGAGAUCGAAGCUGGCCUUCAGGAGGGAUGUGAUGAGGCAUGACAGUGAUGGACGCCAACUUGUCUGGGGCAGAGUGAACGGACGCCAUGAGCAGAAACGUUUAUUUGUGCAGGACUUCAUCAGGCAGGCUGCUCACUCAGCACAAUGCCAUAUUGAUCUGGCCACCCAGGGCCACACACACACACUUUCUUUGUUCUCUUCCUCAAGCGUGGAGCCUUGAAGCAUUGAUAGAUAUGUGCUUUUCAUUGCCUUGUUGUGGCCAGAAUUGAAUAACAUUUGAGGAAUUUGUAUUAAAACAAGGUUUUUACAUUCUUCCCAAACUCUUUUCUAAUAUUGUCUGUCAUCACAUUAUUGGAUGAUUUUUAACUUGGGAAUCAUCCAAAGACUUCUGUGUUUUCUCAAAUAUUGCCAGAAUUGCUAGGACUGAUUUGCAUCCAUUAAGUUGUUAUCACAUUGGCUAAUUAUUGGUUUGUUUAUAUUUGUUUUGUUUGCUCACAGUUGUACAAGCUUGUUAUGUCUUAUUGUCUUGGUGUAAUAAAGUAUUCUGUUGUUUUCAA